AAGUUAUAACACACUCCUCUCUCUCAAAUAAAAAAACACAGAAAAUUUUUCUUGCUAAUUUCGCACACACAUAAAUUUACUCUGCAAUUCACUCAAACACACACAUAUACACACAGUGGAAGGAGAGUAGCAGGCUGAAGAAGAUGGGAUCCAAUUUGGUGGCAGAGGAAGAAGAAGAAGAAGAGUACAUAAACAUGGAGCUGGCGUCUUCCCCCUCCAAAUCCCCACAGCUGAAAGAGUUCGAAUUCCAAUUCUUCUCCGCUCCCACCCCCGACGAAUCCGCCGCCGACGAACUCUUCUACAAAGGCAAACUCCUCCCCCUCCACCUCCCCCCUCGCAGGCAAAUGGUCCAACACCUUCUGCGCACCGCCCCCUGCACCAACUCCAACACCCCAUCCAUCUCCCCCUCCGAAUCUCGCCGAGUCAGCUGCGACCUCACCGCCUUCGAAUGGCCCACCGAAAUCAACUCCUUCCUCACCAAUCACCAACCGAUUCGAAGCACCGCCACUUCCUGGUCCAAAAAGCUCAAGCUGAAGCGCUCAAUCCUCGCUCACAAGCUCAAAUCCUUCUUCACCAAAUCCGAUCCCCAAAACCUAUCAUCCAAACCCGACGUCUCCGUCAAAUACUCCAGAUUCGGGAAGAGAUUCGCUACUUUGAUGAAAAGGAGCGGAAUUGACGAUCACAGGAGAUCCUUUUCCGGCGCAAUCAGUGCGGAUUUUUCUACCACGACGACGAAUUGCUCGUCCUCGUCGUCGACGGCGUCGUCCUCGUUCAAUAUGAGCGGUCUGCAUGAGCUGCAGUUUCUCCGCCGGAGCAGCAGCGCCGCGGAGAUUGAGGUUUCCAUUAAUGCAGCUAUCGCUCAUUGCAAGAAAUCGAUGAUUCAUUCCUCUUUCCCAUCUUCUUAAUAGUAUCAGUAUGUGUGAUAUAGAUAUCGAAUUCGAUGUUGUAGCAUUCAAAUUUCCUUAGAUUUUGUUAACAAGGUGAUGCUGCAGUUUCUUGGAUGAAUUCAUGUUUCUAAUUCAAAAAUGUUACAGUAAUUAA